GCAGGGACCUUAAAAAGAGACUCAGAGACAAAGGGAGGAAAACAACAGGAAGCAGCUCAGGGACUCGGUGAACAAUAGAGGGAACAAAACCAGAGACGCACAGAACAGAGAGAAGCAGGCUCAGAGCAAGUGGAAGUGGGCAGAGAUUCUACAGGGACUGGUGCAAGGCGCAGAACCAUCCAGGUUAAGAAGCAGGCAACGAGAUGCUGGGAAACAGAGCUGUGAUGCUGCUAUUGCUGCUGCCUUGGACUACUCAGGGUCGAGCUAUGCCUGGGGGCAGCAGCCCUGCCUGGGCUCAAUGCCAGCAGCUCUCACAGAAGCUCUGCACGCUGGCUUGGAGUGCACACCCCCAAGUGGGACACAUGGAUCUACUAAGAGAAGAGGGAGAUGAAGAGACUACAAAUGAUGUUCCCCAUAUCCAGUGUGGGGAUGGUUGUGAUCCCCAAGGACUCAGAGACAACAGUCAGUUCUGCUUGCAAAGGAUCCACCAGGGUCUGAUAUUUUACGAGAAGCUGCUAGGAUCAGAUAUUUUCACAGGGGAGCCUUCUCUGCUCCCUGAUGGCCCUGUGGGCCAGCUUCAUGCCUCUCUACUGGGCCUCAGCCAACUCUUACAGCCUGAAGGUGACCACUGGGAGCCUCAGCAGACUGCAAGACCCAUUCCUAGCCAGCCAUGGGAGCGCCUUCUUCUCCGCUUCAAGAUCCUUCGCAGCCUCCAGGCCUUUGUGGCGGUAGCUGCCCGGGUCUUUGCCCAUGGAGCAGCAACCCUGAGUCCCUAAAGCCAACAGCUGAAGGGUGGCACUCACAUCUCCAUGGCUCAGCAAUGCCAAGAUAAAACCGACCACCCCAGACACCUGUGAGCCAACAAGUUAGUCCAUUAAUCCUAAUGGGACUGCAUAUGUUGAAAAAUUACCAGUACUGACUGACUUACGAUGCUGACCUAUGACAAGGUUGAGUAUUUAUUAGACGGGAAAGGAAAUUUUGGGAUUAUUUAUCCUCAUGGGAGCAAUUUGGGGAGGAGGAUUAUUUAUUAUAUUUAUACUGAAUAAUGUACUUUUUUUCAAUAAAGACUUAUUUAUGAGGCUA